GGGGCUCUGUCGUAACGACCGGAAGUGACCGUUGAAGCCGGUUGUAGGCGUGGAAAGAGGUUGGCGCUCUGGAAGUCCAGUUGCUUCGGCUCCCUGCGUUAGGUCUGGUGGCGGUCAAUGCGCUUCCGGACCCGGGAUCCGAGUGUGUGGAUCGCUAUAGGGGGAGGGGAGCUCAGGUAUCACCAUGGCAACAGCCAGCCCUCCGGACCCGUGACGUCACCCUUCUGGUUUCGCGCUUAGAGGCCUCUGCGGGAGAAAGCUGGGGAGUCCUCGAAGGCGGCGCACCUCGCCUCCUUCUGUGCGGGGCGGUCCCGCCCGGAUCCCUUGGUGGGCUUUGUUCUUUUGUUCUGGCCUAAGGGGAAGUCGGGUGCCGGGCCCCGCCCUGCUUGUCCACCUUCCAGCUUUAACGCUCUGCAACAGGGUAGACAACCUCAGCGUGUUGCAGACUCCCUGCAAGGGGAGCUAGACAUCUGAGUCCCAGACCGAGGUACCAGCUGAAGGAACGCUGCCUGGCGAACCCUGGUGUUCAAGUUCCAGAGGAACGGGAUGAGUUCCUGAGAUGGAAGAUCUGUCCUCUCCAGACUCCACCCUUCUCCAAGGGGGACAUAAUCUACUCUCAUCAGCCAGUUUUCAGGAAUCGGUGACUUUCAAGGAUGUGAUAGUGGACUUUACCCAGGAAGAAUGGAAACAGCUGGACCCUGGCCAGAGAGAUUUGUUCAGGGAUGUGACAUUGGAAAAUUAUACACACCUGGUCUCUAUAGGACUCCAAGUUUCUAAACCUGAUGUGAUUUCCCAGUUAGAGCAAGGGACAGAGCCAUGGAUCAUGGAGCCAAGCAUUCCAGUAGGUACCUGUGCAGACUGGGAGACAAGACUUGAAAAUAGUGUGUCAGCCCCAGAGCCUGACAUUUCUGAAGAAGAGCUAUCUCCAGAGGUAACAGUGGAAAAACACAAAAGAGAUGAUUCUUGGAGUUCCAACUUGCUAGAAAGUUGGGAAUAUGAAGGCAGUUUAGAGAGGCAGCAGGCAAACCAACAGACACUGCCAAAGGAAAUAAAGGUAACCGAAAAGACAAUACCCAGUAGGGAAAAAGGCCCUGUAAAUAAUGAAUUUGGGAAAAGCGUCAAUGUGAGUGCAAACCUUGUAACACAAGAACCAUGUCCAGAAGAGACCUCUACUAAAAGAAGCAUCAAACAGAAUUCAAACCCAGUUAAAAAGGAGAAAUCUUGUAAGUGCAAUGAAUGUGGGAAAGCCUUUAGUUAUUGUUCAGCUCUUAUUCGCCAUCAGAGAACACAUACUGGAGAAAAACCCUACAAAUGUAAUGAAUGUGAAAAAGCCUUCAGCCGGAGUGAAAACCUUAUAAACCAUCAAAGAAUUCAUACUGGAGAUAAACCAUAUAAAUGUGAUCAGUGUGGAAAAGGCUUCAUUGAGGGUCCAUCUCUUACUCAGCAUCAAAGAAUUCAUACUGGAGAAAAACCAUAUAAAUGUGAUGAAUGUGGGAAAGCCUUUAGUCAGAGGACCCAUCUUGUUCAGCAUCAGAGAAUUCAUACUGGCGAGAAGCCAUAUACUUGUAAUGAGUGUGGAAAAGCCUUUAGCCAGAGAGGCCACUUUAUGGAACAUCAGAAAAUUCAUACAGGAGAAAAACCUUUUAAAUGUGAUGAAUGUGAUAAAACCUUCACCAGGAGCACACACCUUACUCAACAUCAAAAAAUUCAUACUGGAGAAAAAACCUAUAAAUGUAAUGAAUGUGGAAAGGCCUUCAAUGGGCCCUCAACUUUUAUCCGUCAUCAUAUGAUUCAUACUGGUGAAAAACCGUACGAAUGCAAUGAAUGUGGGAAAGCCUUCAGCCAGCACUCAAACCUCACUCAGCAUCAAAAAACACAUACUGGGGAGAAACCCUAUGAUUGUGCAGAAUGUGGAAAAUCUUUUAGUUACUGGUCAUCCCUUGCUCAACACCUGAAAAUUCAUACUGGAGAAAAACCUUACAAAUGCAAUGAAUGUGGAAAGGCCUUCAGUUACUGCUCAUCCCUUACCCAGCAUAGGAGAAUUCACACGAGAGAAAAGCCCUUUGAAUGCAGUGAAUGUGGAAAGGCUUUCAGUUAUCUCUCAAACCUUAAUCAGCAUCAGAAAACUCAUACUCAAGAGAAAGCUUAUGAAUGUAAAGAAUGUGGGAAAGCUUUUAUUCGGAGUUCGUCUCUUGCUAAGCAUGAAAGAAUUCAUACUGGAGAGAAACCCUAUCAGUGUCAUGAAUGUGGGAAAACCUUCAGUUAUGGUUCAUCCCUUAUUCAGCAUAGGAAGAUCCAUACUGGAGAACGACCUUACAAGUGUAAUGAGUGUGGGAGAGCAUUCAACCAGAACAUACACCUUACACAGCAUAAGAGAAUUCAUACAGGAGCCAAGCCUUAUGAGUGUGCUGAGUGUGGUAAAGCCUUUCGACAUUGUUCAUCUCUUGCUCAACAUCAAAAAACUCACACAGAAGAAAAACCCUACCAGUGUAACAAAUGUGAAAAGACCUUUAGCCAGAGCUCCCAUCUAACUCAGCAUCAACGGAUUCACACUGGGGAGAAGCCAUAUAAGUGCAAUGAAUGUGACAAAGCCUUUAGCCGGAGCACUCAUCUGACUGAACAUCAGAAUACUCAUACUGGAGAGAAACCUUAUAACUGUAAUGAAUGCAGAAAGACUUUUAGCCAGAGCACAUAUCUCAUUCAGCACCAGAGAAUUCAUUCAGGAGAGAAGCCUUUUGGAUGUAAUGAUUGUGGAAAAUCCUUCAGAUAUCGCUCUGCUCUCAACAAACAUCAGAGACUGCAUCCUGGCAUAUGACAAUUCUAGGAACAUCAUAAAUUUAGGGGAUAUAUUUACUUUGGUUUGUCCUUUUGUUAAGUACUGAAGAAUCAGAGUGGAUUUAGAAACUACCUUGAAAUCUUUUCAAUUUUCACUAUCAUGUUAUGGAAUGGAAAGUACAUUGGGCUGAACUAAUCCAAUUGUUAUUAAGCCACUUUGUGACAUUAGAAAACUCUACUGUUUUAAGCUUUAGUUUCCUUUAUGGAAUGAAGGAUUUGGAGUAGAUUAUUUCAAAGGUAGUUUGGAGUUUUAUAAUCAGUUUUGUAUAUUUACAAUAUUUUCUUGAAUGGGUUUACUAUACAUCAGCAUUUUGCUGUGUUGCAUCUAGAAUGUAUAUGUUUAUGCAUGUUUCACCAGUAGAAUUUGUGCUUCAUAACUAGAUUGGGGAUCUAGUAUGCUCCUGCUCUAAUGCAUUUACAUUGUUUAGGUAACUGGUUCCUAAUAAAAAGAAUCAUAAAAUACCCUCAAAUUAACAAUUCAAUUGCAUAUAAUAGCCUAACUCAGUAAGAAUAUUAAAACUUACUAUUAUUCUUC